AAGGUCGAUACGGCGAACGGAGCCCAGUACCGGCGCGUCUGCCUUCGUGUGCGGAUGUAUCGCGUUCUAAAUUCAAUCGUGCUGUAGACGGCUCCAUCACCGCGAUCGUUUCGUACUGACAAUUAGAGCUUUUAUUUAUAAACAAAUGUUGUUUAUCUCUUAUAACAACUAUUAAUUUCUAAUUAAUCGUUGGUUUACUGCGUUAUGUAUGUUUAAAAGUCUUAUGUUUUUGAUUGGAAAGUGAUUUGUUUUGGUUUAUGUUUAUAUUGAAAGGUGAAAGCGCACGUGCCGUUUUGAGAAGACAAGAAAUAAAUUAAAAGUAAAUGAAAUGUCAUUGCUUCAUUUAUUCAUGUAUUUAAAGUGUCCACAGAUAAAACAAUGUAAUAGACAAAUUUGUGAAUGAUUUUGUGAUGGUGAUAAAUUAAAUAAUAUAAAAAUGGGUAGAAGAAACGUCAGUGCUUUGAGGCUAGGGAGAUGCGUUGCCUUUUUAGCCGCAGCAGCCUUUCUGCUACCGUUCUCCAUUCUUCUGAUGGUAGCUGAUCAACAGUACAAUUUGACGUACAACUCCAAACGAGUCUUCUAUCAAGAGAGUGACUUCUAUAAAAUAAACGGAACAUAUUUUCAGCCCACGUUUUUACGGACACAGUACAUGUUCGAAAAUGGAAGUCACGAUGAAGGACUGCUCAAUCGAGAGAAGUUUCUAGAAGUGGGCAACAGGAUGGAGGCCAGAAGAGAUUAUUUGCGAAGUGAAUGUUCGAAACACGGUCUCGACAGUUCGAGCCAUAAAGCGUAUGCGUGGGAAUAUCUCAUCAACCGGCAGUACCAUGUUAUAUGGUGCAACAUCUUCAAAGCCGCAUCAACAUCCUGGAUGUACAACUUUAACUUAAUGGCAAACUAUACAGCUACCUUUCUCGAUAAAACAAAGGAAGUUCCGCUUGAAUUAGCCCGGAAGAAAUACGCGAGGCCUACAGUAGAAAUGAUAAGGAAGGCCCAAGGGGAUUCCAUCACAUUCUUGAUCGUGAGACACCCUCUAGAAAGGUUGGCGUCAGCUUAUAACGACAAAAUCGUCCAUGCCUGGCCUAAGUCAUUCCACGACCAGAUGGGGCGUAGAAUAAUUAAGAAAUAUAGAAAAUCAAGCCCCAAACCCGUACCGACGGAAAGGUAUCCUGUCUUCGAAGAGUUCGUGUCUUACGUGCUGGACGAAGCAAAGGUGAAAAGAACGUUGGACAUGCAUUGGACGCCUUACACCGAUUUUUGCACACCUUGCAAGUUUAAUUUCGAUGUCAUUCUCAAAUUCGAAACAUUGGACGAAGAUCAAAGGUUCCUAAUCCAAAUGGCUCGUCUCCAAGAGAUUAUCAAACCUGAAUGGCGGAAUAGCGGCAAAGGAACCAAUACAUUACAUAAUAUUAAUCAUUUAUAUUCACGUCUCAAGAAAUCACAAUUGGAUGGUCUUUAUAAACUGUACAAGUACGACUUCCAACUAUUCAAUUAUACUAUAGACAACUACUAUGAAAUAAUUAAAAAAGACGAUGACAGCAACCACGGAUGAGCGCCAAAGACAUCAAUAUAUUUUGAAUGCUUUAUUUUAUCGCUACAUUAGCGUGACAAGAUGAUUGAUGGCGAAAAAAAAUAUCGGGAAGACUGAUUGUGAAGGGAAAUAGUAUAACGGCCAAUUUAUUGAUCCGUUGCUACCAAUUUAUUUGCGUAUUUAUUUAGUAAAGAUGUAGUAAAUUUAAUAAAACUUUACAUUUUGUUUAUUGUUAUUGUAGAAUAUUUUAUUUGAGUCUAAAGAUUUAAAUAAUCGUUAUUUUCUAUUAUAUUUAUUCAUAAAUAAAGGUACAUAAUAUAUAUAGUCACGCUAUAGUGAUAUGUUUGUAAUUCAAGUUUUUCUUUCACUAGCCAAAAAUCGAAUUAGAUUUCAAA